CCCGAGGCCGAGCCGAGCUUGGCCGAAUGUUCCCGAGCCCGAAUCCUCCCGAGCCUCGGCUCUCCGCCUCCUCUUGUCCGAAAGCGCCCGAGUGCUGCCGGACGGACUUCUCGGGCCUCGGCCCCGGUUCGGCUGUCAACUUCUUAAACGCGGCUCGGUCGGGCCCCUUCGGGAACAGAAACGAAAAUGGCCGAAGGGCCGCGAGCGGCGGAGCCCAGAGGCUGACGGGAUCGCGGCGGAGUCGGCGGGCGGGGGCGGGGCAAGAUGGCGGCCGCGAAGCGAGGGAACACCUCCUCCACUGUGCUCUCGUCGGUGUCCCUGCAGAUGCUCUUCUGCCUGAGUGGGGUGUAUCGCGCCUUCUACUUCAUGGCCACACUGUUACUACUGGUCUACAAAAGUCAGGUGUUCAGCUACCCGCAGCGUCACCUACUCCUCGAUCUGGCUCUGCUGGGGACAGCGGGAGUGCUGGAAGCGGUGGGGCUGUACUUGGGCACAAAGGGCAACCUGACUGAGGCCGAGGGACCGCUGGCCGUGAGCCUGCUCCUGACAGUGGGCACUGCCCUCCUUGCUGCCUACUUUCUACGCUGGCAGACCCUGGUGCUGUGGGCGGAUUCGGCACUGGGUGCUUUGCGCCUGGCACUCCACAGCCUCGAGGCCGUCCUGCAGAUGGUCACCAUCGCAGCCUUUCUCAGCUAA